AUGGAUAAACUAGGCACCCUGCUUGAUCGUCUCUUUAUUUUACUGGACACCGGUACAACACCAGUAACAAGAAAAGCAGCUGCACAGCAACUUGGGGAAGUAGUGAAACUGCAUCCUCAUGAACUGAAUAAUCUCUUAUCUAAAGUGUUGGUAUACUUAAGAAGUACGAAUUGGGAUACUCGUAUUGCAGCUGGCCAGGCUGUUGAAGCAAUAGUGAAAAAUGUACCUGAGUGGAAUCCAACUCCAAGAUCAAAACAAGAACCAGGCUCAGAGAGUCCUAUGGAAGAUUCACCUUCAACAGAUCGGUUGCGUUUUGACAGAUUUGAUAUAUGUCGGUUGUUAAAACAUGGUGCAUCUCUUCUUGGAUCUGCUGGUGCAGAAUUUGAAGUCCAAGAUGAUAAAUCAGGUGAAAUUGAUCCUAAAGAGAGGAUAGCACGACAGAGGAAAUUGUUACAAAAGAAGCUUGGUUUAGAUAUGGGUGCUGCAAUUGGGAUGAAUACUGAAGAUCUGUUCAAUGAUGAAGAUCUGGACUAUUCUCCUUCUUCAGUUUCACUAGUAAACAAACAACCUACUCUUCAGGCUGCUGAGUUAAUUGACUCAGAAUUUCGAGCUGGUAUGAGCAGUAGACAAAAGAAUAAAGCCAAAAGAAUGGCCAAGCUAUUUGCAAAGCAAAGAUCCAGAGACGCAGUGGAAGCUAAUGAGAAGAGCAAUGAUAGCACUGAUGGGGAACCAGAAGAAAAGAGAAGAAAAGUUGCAAAUGUUGUUAUCAACCAGCCUGCUACAGACUUAAAAACAUUGGCAAAUGAAUGGCCUCUGGAAAGCUUUUGUGAAGAAGUGUGCAAUGAUCUCUUUAACCCUUCUUGGGAGGUUCGACAUGGAGCAGGUACUGGACUGAGGGAGAUACUUAAAGCUCAUGGUAAAAGUGGUGGUAAAAUGGGAGAUAGCUCUUUAGAAGAGAUGAUUCAGCAGCAUCAGGAGUGGCUAGAAGACUUGGUUAUUAGACUACUUUGUGUGUUUGCAUUAGACAGAUUUGGAGACUUUGUUUCAGAUGAAGUGGUAGCACCAGUACGUGAGACUUGUGCUCAGACUAUGGGAGUAGUAUUGAAACACAUGAAUGAGACUGGAGUUCAUAAAACUGUGGAUGUUCUCCUGAAGCUGCUCACACAGGAACAGUGGGAAGUGAGACAUGGUGGUCUCUUAGGAAUAAAGUAUGCUUUGGCAGUACGUCAGGACAUGAUUAACACUUUAUUGCCUAAAGUGUUGCCUGCAAUAAUUGAUGGUCUCCAAGAUCUGGAUGAUGAUGUCCGAGCGGUUGCUGCAGCGUCUUUAGUACCAGUAGUGGAAAGCCUUGUCCAACUUCAGUCUCAGAAGGUGCCUUUUAUUCUUAAUACCUUGUGGGAUGCACUUCUGGAGUUGGAUGACUUGACAGCUUCCACAAACAGUAUCAUGAUCCUUCUUUCUUCCCUUCUGACUUAUCCUCAGGUCCGCAAAUGCAGUAUUCAGCAGUCGCUCACAGUUUUGGUCCCACGUGUGUGGCCGUUCUUGCAUCAUACAAUAUCUUCUGUGCGAAAAGCAGCACUGGAAACAUUAUUCACGCUGCUGUCUACCCAAGACCAGAGCUCUUCAACAUGGCUGACUCCUAUUCUGCAAGACAUGUUGAGGCACAUAUUUCAAUUUUGUAUUUUAGAAAGCAAUCAAGAGAUUCUGGAUCUUAUUCACAAGGUAUGGCUGGAACUGUUAAACAAGGCAUCUGUACAGUAUGUGGUUGCAGCUGCUUGUCCAUGGAUGGGAGCCUGGCUGUGCUUAAUGAUGCAGCCAUCUCAUUUGCCCAUUGACUUAAACAUGUUGCUAGAAGUAAAAACCAGAUCAAAAGAAAAGGCAGGUGCUAAACUGCGUCAAGGUCAAACCCAGAAUAAGGAAGUGAUUCAGGAAUAUAUUGCUGGGGCGGACAGCAUUGCAGAAGAUCCAGCAACCAGGGAUUAUGUUGUCAUGCGAGCUCGGAUGAUGGCAGCAAAGUUGCUGGGAGCACUUUGUUGCUGCAUCUGUGACCCAGGUGUAAAUACUGUUACUCAAGAAAUAAAGCCAGCUGAAUCAUUAGCUCAGCUACUGCUCUUCCACUUGAAUUCUAAAUCUGCCUUGCAGAGGAUUAGUGUUGCAUUAGUAAUCUGUGAGUGGGCAGCCUUGCAAAAGGAGUGUAGAACUGUGGCCAUUUGUGUGCAACCUCGUUUACUUGGGGUCCUUUCUGAACAUCUCUAUUAUGAUGAAAUUGCUGUUCCUUUUACACGAAUGCAGAAUGAAUGUAAACAACUCAUCUCAUUGUUAGCUGAUGCACACAUUGACAUUGGAAACAGAGUAAACUGCAGUGUAUUUACAAUAGAUCAAGCUAAUGAGCUGGUUACUUCUGUUUUCAAUGAAGUGACAUCAUCCUUUACUUUGAAUCCUAAAAUUCUACAACAGUUGGACAGUAAACGACAACAAGUACAAAUGACCGUUACAGAAACAAAUCAAGAAUGGCAAGCGUUGCAUCUGCGAGUCCAUACAUUUGCUGCAUGUGCAGUUGUGAACUUGCAGCAACUUCCAGAAAAACUGAAUCCUGUUAUAAAGCCCUUGAUGGAAGCUAUCAAAAAAGAGGAGAAUACACUUGUACAAAACUAUGUGGCUUCAUGUAUAGCAAAGUUACUUCAGCAGUGUACAACAAGGUCUCCUUGUCCCAACUCAAAGAUCAUAAAAAAUCUCUGCAACUCCCUCUGUGUGGAUCCACAUCUUACUCCACUAGCAGCAUGUCCUGCACAGCCUCAGAGUAGCCAUGAAAACUCAAAAGGGCCCAACUCUGAUAAAGAUGGGAUGCAUCAUACAGUUACUAAACACAGGGGAAUAAUUACAUUGUACAGACAUCAGAAAGCUGCUUUUGCCAUCACAAGUCGUCGAGGUCCUACUCCAAAAGCUCCAAAAGCCCCAAUUGUGGAUCUCCCCACUGGCAGUAGUGGAAGCAUUCCUACAGAACUUGAUGAGGCUCAGAAACCAUAUGUUGUACAGAGAAGAGGAGCUGAAUUUGCCUUAUCUACUAUAGCUAAACAUUUUGGUGCUGAAAUGGCGACAGGAUUGCCACAUCUUUGGGAUGCUAUGGUUGGUUCAUUAAGGAACAACGUUCACAUAAAUGAUUUUGACCGAAAGUCCUUACUGGAAAAAGGAGAUGCUCCUGCCCAGGAGCUAGUAAAUUCUUUGCAGGUUUUUGAAACAACAGCAGCUUCAAUGGAUACUCAGCUACAUCCUCUGUUGAUACAGCAUUUGCCUCAUCUUUACAUGUGCCUUCAACAUCCCAGCACUGCAGUGAGACACAUGGCUGCUCGUUGUGUAGGUGUUAUGAGCAAAAUAGCUACCAUGGAAACAAUGAAUAUCUUUCUAGAGAAAGUUCUGCCAUGGUUGGGAGCAAUAGAUGACAACACCAAACAAGAAGGCGCAAUUGAAGCACUUGCAUGUGUAAUGGAGCAGCUGGAUGUUGGUAUUGUUCCAUACAUUGUUCUUCUAGUGGUUCCAGUUCUGGGUAGAAUGAGUGAUCAGACAAACAGUGUACGUUUUAUGGCUACUCAGUGCUUUGCAACACUAAUUAGACUAAUGCCUCUGGAGGCUGGUAUACCAGAUCCACCAAACAUGUCUGAAGAAUUAAUCCGAAUGAAAGCUAAAGAACGUCACUUUCUGGAACAAUUACUGGAUGGAAAAAAACUGGAAAACUAUAAAAUUCCAGUACCAAUCAAAGCAGAGCUCAGAAAAUAUCAGCAGGAUGGAGUGAACUGGCUGGCGUUUCUCAAUAAAUACAAACUUCAUGGAAUUCUUUGUGAUGACAUGGGCCUAGGAAAAACUUUACAAUCCAUUUGCAUUCUUGCAGGUGAUCAUUGCCUCAGGGCUCAGGAAUAUGCAAGAACGAAACUGGUGGACAGUGUUCCUCUUCCCUCCUUGGUGGUGUGCCCUCCUACACUCACAGGACACUGGGUGGAUGAAGUGGGCAAAUUCUGCUCAAAAGAAUAUCUUAAUCCUUUGCACUAUACAGGACCUCCUACUGAGAGAGCAAGAUUACAACACCAGGUGAAAAGACACAAUCUCAUAGUGGCUUCAUAUGAUGUUGUAAGAAAUGACAUUGACUUCUUCAGAAAUAUUAAAUUUAAUUACUGCAUUCUUGAUGAAGGCCAUGUAAUAAAAAAUGGAAAAACAAAGCUGUCAAAAGCAGUAAAACAGCUGACUGCCAAUUACAGGAUAAUUCUUUCUGGGACACCAAUCCAGAACAACGUCUUAGAGUUGUGGUCGUUGUUUGACUUCCUUAUGCCAGGAUUUUUGGGUACUGAACGCCAAUUUGCAGCUCGUUACGGCAAACCAAUACUGGCAAGUAGAGAUGCCCGAAGCUCCAGUCGAGAACAAGAGGCUGGUAAGGAUGAAACCUUAUAUUUUGAUUUUUCUUCCUUUAAAUUAAGGAGAAUGAAAGAGGAUGUACUGCAAGAUCUUCCACCCAAAAUCAUUCAAGAUUAUUACUGUAUUCUCAGUCCUCUACAGGUUCAGCUUUAUGAAGAUUUUGCCAAGUCUCGUGCCAAAUGUGAUAUUGAUGAAACAGUUUCUUCAAUUUCACUGAAUGAAGAAACUGAAAAACCAAAGCUUAAAGCUACAGGUCAUGUAUUUCAGGCAUUGCAAUACUUACGGAAGCUAUGCAACCAUCCAGCAUUGGUGUUAACAGCACAACAUCCAGAAUAUAAAAGAAUUACAGAGCAACUUGCAGCUCAUAAUUCAUCCCUUCGAGAUAUCCAACAUGCACCAAAGCUGUCUGCUUUAAAACAACUGCUGCUAGACUGCGGUUUGGGGAAUGGUGGUUCUUCAGAAAGUGGUACAGAAGCUGUUGUGGCCCAGCACAGGGUGCUUAUCUUCUGCCAACUGAAAAGCAUGCUGGAUAUAGUGGAGCAUGACCUUCUCAGACCGCAGUUACCUUCAGUUACUUACUUACGACUAGAUGGCAGCAUACCUGCUGGUCAGAGGCAUUCCAUUGUUUCACGGUUUAAUAACGACCCAUCUAUAGAUGUUCUUUUGCUCACCACUCAUGUUGGUGGAUUGGGGCUUAACUUGACAGGGGCUGAUACAGUAGUGUUUGUGGAACAUGACUGGAACCCAAUGAGAGACCUGCAAGCCAUGGAUCGGGCGCAUCGCAUUGGGCAGAAACGUGUUGUUAAUGUAUAUCGCCUGAUAACCAGGGGAACUCUGGAGGAGAAGAUAAUGGGUCUCCAAAAGUUCAAAAUGAGCAUUGCAAACACAGUGAUUAGCCAAGAAAACACAAGCCUACAGAGCAUGGGAACAGAACAGCUUCUUGAUCUGUUCACUCUUGACAAGGAUGGAAAAACUGAAAAAGCAGAUACCUCUACCUCUUCUGGGAAAGCAUCUAUGAAAUCAGUACUCGAAAACCUUGGAGAACUAUGGGAUCAAGAACAGUAUGACACUGAAUACAGUCUUGAGAACUUUAUGCAUUCAUUAAAGUAACCAUCAUAUAUUCAUAAUACAACUGCUGCUAGUUCACGUGUUUUUCUGCUGAUAUUCAGCAAACUUCAAAGCAUAUAUAGUGAACCUUUAGCUUAAUUGUAAAUAGACUUAUUGAAAGAAGAAUCUUCAAAAGACUGGCACUGAGUAGUGCCACCUGUUUCACUGGGGAGUUACUCUGUCUUAAACGUUUGCACUGUAUAAAAGAACUUUAAAUGUAAACAUUGUGAGGUGGUUUGAAUUUUACUUGUUCUGAACAGCUGCAAAUUCUUACUUGGUAGAAGAAUAAAGCAAAGCAAGUUUUUACAUA